UUGUUUUUAUGGUUCAGUUUUGGGUGUUGUGUUCACUCUUGUUCUGUCUUGCGUAUUUUCCAUGAAUAAGUUUGCGCUAACAAAAUAAAUUGAUAAGGCAGCAUAAAAGGAAAUAUGAGGCUGGAGAAAGAUCAUAGUUUUUCUACCUCAAAUUGAGAGAACCGCCUCUAUUAGAUACACUAUUUUAAAAAAAAAGUUACUAGUAUUUAGGAAUGAAUCCUGUCUCUGCAUAUAUAUGUGUAUGUUUCUGCAUAUAUAAAGUUAUGAUUCAAUCCUAUGUGUUAGUAAAUGAAGCAACUGUCUAAAGUUAUGUCAUUUAUAAAGUAACAAGUAGUAAUUAUAUUACAUAGUACUAAUUAACAAUCUGUGCAUCUAAUAAUCCAAAUAAACAAACAAGCCAAUUAAGAUGCUUUACGUUAACAACACGACAGUGCUACCGGCACAAUUCUCACCUCUGUCUUACUUUGAGUUUGAGAUGAUUUAGAUAAUUAUUUUCCACUAAUAAAGACUUCUUACAUGCCAAGUAUACACAAAUAAUGAGGGUAUUCGGCAAUAGCAGUUGUUGGCUAUUAUUCCUAGACAUCACAAGCACUACAUUUUGCCAACUAGAUUCGGUCAAUAAAAAGGUACAUUUCCGUGCAUACAAACAAACUGAUGCAAAACAAAAUUCAUUUAAAAGCAGAACUCGUCCCCAACCUUCAGGUACCCCUGUUUCAAAAACUCUCUCAUGGCAUCUAGCAUCAGAAACUAAGUCAACCUUAAAAAGGCGAAGUUCACAUGCUUCAAAAAAAAUCAAGGACCCCAAAUUUUCUAACAAGACCACUCGAGUUUUCCACCUUAUAUGUAAUGUUAAAUAACUGUAUCACUUG